AUGUCAUCCAAACAACCUGCCCCCAACAUCGAGAACCACAUCUCGGGUCAAUCCAACAAACCACUGUCGCGUCCAGCACAUGCUUUACCAAUCGAAACAGUGGUGCAGGAGCUCAGAACAACUCCAGCUACUGGAUUGACCGCUGCCGAGGCGUCUCGACGACUUGCCGAGUAUGGUACAAAUGACUUGGGUGAGGAAGAGGGCGUUAAGCCCAUCAAGAUCUUCAUCGCCCAGAUCUUCAACUGUAUGACUCUAGUCUUGAUUCUGGCUCUAGCCGCAAGCUUCGGAAUCCAAGCCUGGAUUGAAGGUGGUGCCCUCGCCCUGAUCAUCUUUCUCAACAUCAUCAUUGGAUUCGUCCAAGACCUGCAAGCCGCCCGAACCGUCCACUCCCUGAAAUCUCUUAGCCAGCCCACAGCAAACGUGUUCCGAGACGAAAAGACCAUUACCAUACAAACCAGCGAGAUCGUGCCCGGCGAUAUCAUCGACCUUAAGAUGGGCGACUCCGUACCUGCCGAUAUCCGCCUAAUCGACGUAACGAACUAUGAGGCAAACGAGGCUUUACUCACCGGAGAGUCUUUGCCUGUGCGCAAGAACCAUAAGAUGCAGUUCGACGACGACACGGGACCGGGUGAUCGCCUUAAUGUCUCCUACAGCUCAACGAAUGUUACAAAGGGUCGUGGCAAAGGUGCAGUGUUCGCCACUGGUGCUUAUACCGAGAUUGGUGCUAUUGCAGCAGCUCUGAAGGAUACCGGCCGGAAGAAGCGAGUGGUUAAACGUGAUCAAAACGGGAGAGCUUCGCUUGGCGCUCAUAUUACCAAAUGGCUGUUGUCUGUCUCAGACUCUAUUGGCGAGUUCUUGGGUGUCAAUGUGGGAACCCCGCUGCAAAGGAAGCUAUCACAGCUGUUCCUAUAUGUCUUCGGGUUUGCCGUUGUAUGUGCCAUCAUCGUGUUAGCCGCCAACAAAUUCCAGCCGCGCAAGGAUGUGAUCAUCUACGCCGUUGCGACAGCUGUGGGAACUCUCCCAGUCUCACUGAUCUUGGUGUUGACUAUCACUUUGGCGGAUGGAACAAAGCAGAUGGUGAGCCGAAAGGUUGUUGUGAGAAAUACGCAGAGUUUGGAAGCCCUUGGUGGGGUAACCAAUAUCUGCUCUGACAAGACUGGUACUCUGACCCAGGGAAAGAUGGUGGUUAGAAUGGCCUGGCUUCCAGGGCACGGUACUUACUCCAUUGCAUCCACAAACGAACCCUACAACGCCUUGGUCGGUGAUAUGGACUUCACUCCUGUCCGACCAGUAGACCUACCAAGACCAGGCGAAGAGUUGAAAUCGCAGACUGUCAACCCCCACACAGAGCCCAGCACCAACGAAGGACUCAAACACUAUUUGGACAUCGCCUCACUCGCGAACUUGGCUGUAGUUGAGAAAAGAAGCAAAGAUGGUGGCCCUGAAGAGUGGCUCGUACAAGGCGAUCCUACAGAGAUUGCUAUCCAAGUGUUUGUGACUCGCUUCAACUGGAACCGCGCGACUCUAUCAUCCGGUCCUAAUCCCAGUUGGAAACAGCUUGCCGAGUUUCCUUUCGACUCAGAGGUCAAGAAAAUGUCUGUCAUAUUCCAGGAUACCACCACCGACGAGACGCACAUAUUCACAAAGGGUGCAGUUGAGCGUGUCCUUAGCAGCUGUAUUGCAAUGGAGACACCCGGCGGAGUCAAACCCCUCGACACAAUCACACGUGAAUCCAUCUUGGAGAAUAUGGAAGCCUUUGCCCGCCUUGGCCUUCGUGUUCUCGCUCUGGCUAGUCGAUCUCCGAUCAAUGGAUUACCCGAUGACCUAUCGAAAGCCAUGGAUCGAUCAGAAUUCGAAAAAGACCUUGUAUUUCGCGGCCUUAUAGGCAUCUACGAUCCUCCACGACCAGAAACUCGCAACAGUGUGCAAAUGUGCCAGAAGGCUGGUAUAAGUGUGCACAUGCUGACAGGCGACCACCCCGAGACUGCUCGAGCAAUCGCCGCUGAUGUUUCUAUCAUCCCAUCACCUGAGAGAAUGAGAAUGGUUCGCAGUGAUAUCGCAGAGACAAUGGUAAUGGCAGCACACGACUUCGACCACCUCUCCGACCACCAGAUUGACGCAAUGCCUGAGUUACCGCUCGUUGUAGCCCGUUGCUCACCUACUACCAAAGUUCGUAUGAUCGAAGCUCUACACCGCCGUGGUCGCUACGUUGCCAUGACAGGUGACGGAGUGAACGACAGUCCUAGCUUGAAGCAUGCGGACGUUGGUAUCGCGAUGGGCCUUAACGGAUCAGACGUCGCCAAGGAGUCAUCUGAUAUCAUUCUUACGGAUGAUAACUUUGCAUCUAUUCUCAACGCUAUCGAGGAAGGUCGAAGAAUCUUUGACAAUAUCCAGAAAUUCAUUCUUCACGUGCUCGCUGCCAACGUCGCUUUUGUCAUCUGUCUCCUGGUGGGCUUGUCUUUCAAGGAUGAUAGUGGGGUUUCCAUCUUCGUCUUGACGCCGGUGGAGAUUAUUUGGAUGUUGCUCGUUGCUGGAGCGUUUACUGAGACUGGUCUUGGAUUUGAGCAAGCUAGUCCUGAUAUUCUCCGUCGGCCCCCUCAUAGUCUUAAGUAUGGCGUGUUCACACCGGAGUUUCUCGUCGAUCUUGGAGUCUACGGCAUUCUCAUGCUGAUCAGCAUCCUCGGCUCCUCCGUCGUCGUCCUUUACGGCUUUAACAAGCAAGGCCUCGGACACGACUGCAACAUUAAAUACUCCGAGUCUUGCGAAACAGUCUUCUCAGCCCGGUCAACAGCGUUCACAAUCAUGACGUGGGACUUCCUGCUAUUUGCCUGGCAACUCGUCGACUUCCGCCGAUCUUUUUUUGCCGAGAUCUUCGAAAAAGGUGGUAGUUUUAAGGCAUGGACGAAGCGCCUUUGGAAGAACCCUUUCCUCUUCUGGUCCGUCACGGCUAGCACGGUUCUCAUACCACCAACGCUUUAUAUACCUGUGAUUAACCGCGUGGUCUUCAUGCAUAGUCCCAUCGACUGGGAAUGGGGUGUUAUCUUUAUUGCCGUUGGCGUCUUCUUCGCUGGGGCGGAGGGCUAUAAGUGGGCGAAGCGUAUUUACUUCCGUCGCACGGUGGCAAAAGAGUUUCGACAAGAGAUCAAAGAUGUUGAGCUUUAUGUCUUUGGGCGGCAUAUGGAUGGCUCUGAGAAUGGUAGUGAUUCGAACUAUGAUGUUGAGCGAAAGUGCUAG